GUGACCCAAUGUUCAUUUAUUUUAUUGGAUUUCUAUUAUUAAUUACUGGUGCUUCAAGUUUAGUGCCACAAGCCAGUCAAGAAGGUGCACUUCAUGCUUUUAAGAGCUACAGUGAUGUUGCUACUUUUCAUUAUACUGUUCCUAAGGAAGUUUAUCGAGCUACAUGGCAAUUUGCUGCUUUUAUGGAUGGAAAAGAUUGUAUUUCAAGAAAAGUAUAUAUUCACUUACAAUCAGGCAGCUAUCCAAUCAUUUCUCUCAAUAAUGCAUCAUUUCCACUCAAUAUGUAUUCGGGGAGAAAUAAUUCUAUUGUAGUAACUACCAUGACUACCUUCAACUCUGAAGCUACUGCAAUUGUACCAGUAAACAGUCCAGAACCCGGUGAUUGGUUCGUUGGAGCUUAUAUGAGUCAUUGGGAUGAAAAAGUACAACAAGAUGGAAUUGGACAUAAAUGUCGAUAUAGUAUAGGGUCUGUUGGUAUAUGGUUACAAGCAAAUGGGAUUCAAAGUAUUCCUACUGGUCAUGAAACAACACUGAGAAUAAGUCAACCAUCAACUUAUUACAAAAUUUUUAUUCCAUCCGGUACUUGGAAUUUUCGUGUGAAAGUAUGGGGAUGCAAUUUUACUAUUUCCAAUUCAAAAAAAAGACUAAAAACUUGUAUUAAAGCAUUAAUGUUACAAGGACGUACGUUGCCAAUUUUUAAUCAUAGUCAUUCUGAUUUAAUGAGAAACUUAACUGUAAAUAAUUCUUAUACAUUUACUGAAAAUACACCUUAUGAAGAUAGCUAUUAUUACUUACUCGUUGUAUCUGACAGUAUUAUUAACUUCAACGUUAAAGUAUCUAUUUCAGAAUGUCCUGUUAAGAUAACUGAAAAUUCAUAUAUACGGCAAUGGAUUUCCAAUACUACUACGAGUUUGACAGUUCAUACAUUGUCAAGUUUUAAAAGACUGAAUGAUUCUGAAAGUGAAGAUUAUAUAGAACAAGAUCCAUGCCCACGAAGAUUUCAAUUAAUUAGAGUUAAACAGAUUCAAACUUUUUCUGGAGUUUAUUUAUUUCAAGGAAAGGAAUGGUUAACACCGUGGUUAAUGUUGACUGAUAUUCAUCCUGUCAUUGCACAAUUCAAUAUUUUACCAUUGGUGGAUGUCGGAGGAUCUCUAGAUAUUGGAGUUCAUCUUGAGGUGGAUAAAAUGUCAACCAAUCAACAAGUCUUUGUUGAUAUUUGUGUUCGACGUUCCCGUGUCCCUGAUAGAGUUAAUGGUGAAAUCAUAUGCCACGAUCGCUCGAUGAUGAUGAACUUAUCUUUCAACAAAAAUAAUGAGCAUCUAAUUAUUCCCUAUCCUCAACCUGAUACAUGGCACAUUGCUUUACAAACAAAAUGCUUCCUCCAUGAAAAAAAAGUUCGUUGUGACGCAAAUGAGAUUUUGGUUUCGUUAAACAUUCGUACCCGUCAGUGUGUUUUUUCUGGAGCACAUGCAUGUGGAGAUUACGGAAUUUGUGAAGAAAUCCAUCGUGGUUUAUUGCAUUAUACAACGUGUAGUUGUUUUGGAGGAUAUCGCGGAUGGGGAUGUACUGAUGCAACUAACGUAAACUUACGUUCUUCUCUUUUGCUAUCAUUUUUGAUGCUAAUAUUCAGCAAUGCCUUCUUCCUACCAGCCAUUUAUGUAGCAGUAAAACGUAAACUUUUCACAGAAGGAUUAGUAUAUUUUUCUACAAUGUUAUUCUCAUCAUUAUACCAUGCCUGUGAUCAAAAAUUCAUGACUUACUGCAUCACAAGAUACGAAGUGUUGCAAUACUGUGAUUUUUUUUCAAGUAUCUUAGCAUUCUGGGUGACUCUUGUUGCAAUGGCUCGAUUACCUUUACAUCUUAUUCCGGUAUGUCACAUGAUUGGUGUACUUAUAAUCGCAUUCGGGGUGGAAUCUAAUAAAACGGGUUUGCCAAGCAUUUUAGUGCCUCUAGCAAUUGGAGUAUUGAUUCCAUUAGGAACGUUUACUUAUCGUUUCUACAAGACAAAGAAGCGAACAAAACCAAAAAUUUAUUUAAAAUUGUUAGUAGGUUUAUUAUUGGCCAGUUUAGGGUUAAUUUUAUAUACCUCUGUUGAGACAGAGGCUAAUUACCAAUAUACUCAUAGUCUAUGGCAUAUGCUUAUUGCGUUAUCUUUAAUAUUUUUAUUGCCUUCAACUACUCCAGUAUCAGAACAUAAAAUUGCCAUUAAAUCUCAUAAUAGUUCUGAAAGUGAAUUAGUAAAUUUGAAAGAUAAUUCUGAUAUUCCUGUUUUUACAAUAGUCACUGAUAAUUCCGAGUCAUUAUUGAGUGAAAUGCAUUGACUGGUGCAUAACUAUGAUUAUAAUGAAUUCACUUAUUAUGACAACAAUAUUAAUAAUAUAUUUAUGACUAUUAACGUGCCAAACAAUGAUAAGAUAAUUAUUCUUUUUUUAUGAUUUUUUUAAUUUUUGCUAAUAAUUUUGUGUUCAUAAACUAUUUU